AUGCCUCGUUCCUCGUUCACGCCGACGCUCAGGGUCGGUGAUCGUGAGUUCACGACCACCGAGGAAAAGGCGCGCUGUCUUAAAACGGCGCUUUUCCCACUAUCGCCCGACGCCAACUUGGACGACAUCCCCGGAUAUAUUUAUCCGGACGAAGUUCCUAUGCCCGAUGAACUCUCCGCAGAUGAAAUCGAAGCUGCCAUCCGUCGAUCAGCGCCAUACAACGCGCCGGGACCCUCAGGGAUCCCGAAUGCUGUGUGGAAGCACGCAGCGAAAGUUCCUGGCUUUUUGGAAACUAUUACAGCCCUCUUCAACGCUUGUUUAGCACUGGGAUACUACCCGCAGGCAUUUCGGGACAGCCUCACCGUCGUCAUCCGCAAGCCAGGCAAGCCGGAUUACUCCAAUCCGAGCGCGUGGCGCCCGAUCUCUCUGUUAGAAACUUUGGGGAAAGCUUUCGAGUCUGUGAUCGCAACACGUCUUGCGUACCUGGCGGAGGAGCACGGCCUCCUGCCGGAGACGCACAUCGGGGGCCGCGGCGGCCGUUCUUGCGAUCACGCAAUUCAUCUACUGCUCGAGGCAGUUUAUGAUGCGUGGCGUAAGGACCGGCGGGUCGCAUCGCUCUUGACGCUUGACGGUAGCGGUGCGUUUGACAACGUUUGUCAUGCGCGGCUGCUUCAUAACCUGCGGAAGCGCAGAAUCCCUGAGAUUAUUAUCAGAUUACUGGCCGGUCUUCUUACAAAUCGCACUACUGCUCUACUGCUGCAAGAGGGCCGCUGCCCCAACGAGGCCGUCGCAACCGGCAUCCCCCAAGGAUCCCCGCUGUCCCCAAUCCUCUAUUUGUUCUAUAACGCCGACCUUAUUGAUGAUAUCCACGCCGCCGCGUCGGGGCAAGUCCUUGUGACGGGAUAUAUUGACGAUAUCUGUAUCCUUGUGUGGGGAAGCCAUGCGUGGAUGAACUGUGCGGCGCUUAUGCGUCUCCACACAGUGGCGGAGACUUGGGCCGCGCAGCAUGCGUCUAAGUUCUCGCCGGCCAAAUACGGCCUUAUUCACUUCUGGAAGAAGGGCGCUGGCGCACUGCGGCCCGCAGAUAUGCCGGCCGGCCAGGCGUCAGAUCCCGCUCUUCUGGACUCAGUCACAAUCUGCGGAGCCGAGAUCAAGCCUGUAUCCUCGUUGCGUUACUUGGGUGUGAUCUUGAACGAGAAUCUGACCGCCAAAGACCAUUUAUUACGCUGCCGCAAGCGCGCCGCCGUCCUCGUCGCUGCGCUUCGUUCGAUCGCCGGCAUGACGUGGGGCGUCACCACCCUCCAUCUGCGUCGCAUGUGGACAGCCGUCCUAUUCCCGCAGAUCUCGUUUGGAUGCUCAACUUGGUAUACGCGUGGCGCAUAUCAGACCAAAAGCGUUGAGAAUGAGGUCAACCGCGCACUCGAGUCUAUGCAGUACCAAACUCUAUACCGCAUCGCUGGCGCGUUCCGCACUACGUCCCGAACGGCGUUACAGGUUCUACUGUACGUCCCGCCGGCGACGAUCGCCAUCCAGCGUCUCGCUGAACUCACAUGCUUACGCAUACACACUCAUCCCCUCAGAGAUGAGUUCCGUAAGCGCACCCCUGUCAGCAGGGAUACGCUUAUAACAUACUGCCGAGGCCGCGACCGCAACCGCAAUCUGGACCCCAUUAUGAAGGCUCUCACUACGCCGCUGCAGCGCUUGGAAGGCCACCUCCGCAAGCGUGGAAUCUACGUGCGCGACCUCGAACUCAUCAAACCGUUCGCCGUCUCGCCGUGGUGGAGGGCGCCAAUUAUGCGCAUUGCCCCAGAUCGAGAGACUGCGAUCGCUGAGCACGACGAGAUCCUACGUGCUCGGCACUAUCCGAACGCCGCAAUUGCGUAUACGGACGGCAGUAAGUUGGGUGAUGAAGGCGGCGUUGGCGCCGCCGCAGUGACGUCGGCAGGGAACGCUACGGUGACCCUUGACGUUACUGACUCAAUCUACACUGCUGAAUUGUACGGUAUUAAGCUGGCCCUAGGCCUGUUUAAUCAUAAAGUCACCUUUCGUCUGAUUAUUGGAGGUCCUAGAGAUGGGACCAAACCAAGGAUCGCUACAAUCUUCACUGACAGCCAGGCCGCAAUCCAGGCCUUUACGCGGCCACGCCGUAGCUCUGGCCAGUAUGUAUUACGCGCGAUUGCUGAGCUACUGGAUCGAGUCCACAGACUCUGGAAGGUUCACAUCCACUGGCUUCCGGGGCAUGAAGGCGUCGCCGGCAACGAACGCGCCGACGUGCUCGCUAAAGAGGCCGCAGAAUCUACAAAUAACACCAUCUUUACACCGCUUCUUCUUACUGCGGCACGCGCGAUCCUACGUGAACAAGCGCUUGAGGAAUGGACUCAGGAAUGGCAGUCUUCCGAGCAUGGAGGCUACGUUCGCGACCUGUUCCCCGCACCCACCAAGACCGUAUUCCUGCUCCAUGAGCCCCUACGAAGACCGACAAGCGCAGUACUCAUCCAGAUGCAAGUAGGGAAGCUGGCCCUGCCAGCCUACUUAGCGACCAUCACCGCAUGGCGGGAUGAGGCGGUAGCCAGGGCGCACGAACAAGGAGCCCCUGACUGGAACCCCUCAGACUGCCACCACUGCGAGCGCGGCGAGAUGAACACGCAGCAUGUCCUGCUGACGUGCCCCAACUUCGCCGAGCUCAGGGCUAAGAUCCUGGGCCUAAACCGAGAUCCUGGAGACUGGACACGGUGGUUGACAACACCGAAGCUAGUCCCUAAAGCAGCAUCAUUUAUGCUCGGAACGCGCCUUCUGGGCCAGUUCCGCCACCUUCCAGAGACGUUUUAUAAUACAGUCGACAAAGCGGCCGCCGAUGCGGCCUAA